CGCGUCGCGUGACACGUGACGUCACGCUAUAUAUACCCCACUGCGGGUAGUAGCUCUCUUAUCCACAUACUCCCGACUACCUUCUGAUACCAUUCGAAACUCUCUACCAUGGCCAAGGGAAACUAUGGUUGGGGCAACGACGGUUACUCCACGACCAGCAGUGGAACCAACAGCCAGGUGCGUGCCUCGACUUCCGCGCUUCCAAGCGACGACGCUGACCCCUAUAUUCUCCAGGGCAACCACUACUGCCACCGUGACGGCGGAAGCGACUCUGGCGGCUCUAGCGGCUCUAGCGGCUACCACUACUCCAACUCGUAGGUGUCUCGGUGCUUUCGCGACGUUAUCUCCUGCCUGCUGACUUCUGACGCGUUUAGCGACGGGAGCUACUACUACAACAACCCAAACGGGUCGACGUACUACGAUAGCGGCAGCGGGUACUCGCAGUACACGUCGCCCAGCGGCGACGCCUCCAAGUCUUCCAAGUAGAUAUCAGCGUCGUGUGGGCAUGCCGCCCUGUAUAUAUGAUGCUAAGCCUCCGGCUGCUUCUACGUGAUGACUAUCUAGCUAUGAUAUGAUCUAUGAUCGGUGUCUUUUGAAUAUAUCUGUUGAACGUCUGAACGAUCACAAGCCGACGUGUGGUUUCCUGAGGCCUGAGCUUGUGUGGGACGCGACUUUCUCGCGCGUCGUGGAGCGCGCGGCGCGUACGCGGUUUGAACUCCGAUUGAUGACCCUGUGAGCUCGUGAAGGUCGCAGACCGCGGUGCUGUCCUCUCGACAGAGAGGAUGGAGAUGUCUCACCUCUGCACCAUCUGUGCGUGUUCACUCCAGUUCUCGCUUUCGUAAGUUGUUGACGGCAUCGUGAUGCUGCGGUUCGACCUGCACGGCGGAACGUUUGGACGAAAGCAGGGACAAGGUGUGCCGAGAGCCAACCCACCUCGGAACCCUGUCGCACCUGCACCAGUGCCGUUUUCCUUCGGCCUUCCAGUCCUGGUCAGUUGGUCCUCCCUUCUGUUGCUCAUUCACGGUUGUGAACUCUAUACUUCUGUCUCGCAGAUCUCAUCGGGCGGAACGGCAACAGCCUCCUUGGACUCAUCUGACGGUUCAGUAUCGGUCCCACGAUAUAUCAGUUAUAUCAGCACCUUGUGCCCAUGUCUGUCAUCUGACGAUUCGCGUUCUCCAAGUAUCAAUCAAUAUUCGAAA